CAUAUACAUACUGCAGUAUUUUAACGACGGUUUCAUACGGCCAUAUUUUCGUAUUGGCAGCAAUCUACUAUACAUCACCACAAUUCCAUAGUACAAUGACACAAGAAAGCAAUGUCGUCCUUGUGACAGGCGGUACAGGACUAGUUGGGAGUGCCAUCCGUAAAGUUCUUGAAACGGCGCCGGUAGAUAGUGAGUUCGGAAAGAAAGCGGGCGAAACCUGGAUUUACGUAAGAAGUAAGGACGCUGAUCUUACAGACUAUGAAUCAACCAAAGCGAUGUUUGAGAAAUACAAACCUACCCAAGUUAUACACCUUGCGGCAAUGGUUGGAGGCUUGUUCAAGAACCUAAAGUACAACGCUGAAUUCUACACGAAGAACCAGGCCAUGAACGACAACAUCAUCCGCUGUAGCAAGGAGGUCGACGUUCAGAAACUCAUCAGCUGCCUGUCUACGUGCAUCUUUCCAGACAAGACAACAUACCCCAUCGACGAGACCAUGGUACACAAUGGGCCUCCACAUCACUCCAACGAGGGUUACGCUUAUGCCAAGCGUAUGGUCGAGGUGCAGACACGCCUUUAUGCGGAACAGUACGGCUGUAACUUUACGACCGUCAUCCCGACAAAUAUCUUUGGACACGACGACAACUUUAACAUGGACGAUGGUCACGUGAUUCCGGGUCUCAUUCACAAAUGCUAUCUUGCGAUGCGGGACAACACUGAUUUCGUUGUAUGGGGAACUGGAUCGCCUCUGCGUCAGUUCAUUUAUAACGAUGACCUGGCAAAAUUGUUUAUCUGGACUUUGCGCGAGUAUGACGACCCCAAGCCCAUCAUCUUAUCUGUUCCUGAAGAGGAUGAGGUAAGUAUUAAGGAUGCUGCUUUGGCUGUAGCUCGGGGUAUGGGUUACCCUGUGGAGAACGUGAAGUACGACACAACCAAGAAUGACGGUCAAUUCAAGAAAACAGCUAACAGUGACAAGUUCAAGAAACUAUAUGGCAAGCCUUUCGAGUUCACACCCUUCGAGGAAGCUGUGAAAGAAACCUGUGAAUGGUUUAAGGCCAACUACGAGAAUGCUAGACGUUAAGGCAAUGAUGCUAGUAUGAGUGAUCGCGGGCAAACCUUUGCAAUUGUAUCGAGUUGGGACAUUUAGCACAAACAAGUAUCCCGGUGUCGCAAUCUAUAUUGCAGCGUCCUUUUGCAGUUGAUAUAGAGGGGAGAGGUAGCAGUGCUGGCUGUGUGUCGGGUGCCAGUUAUUCAAGCCGAAAUUCACUUUUUUAAUUAAGAAAAACAUACAAUAUUUACUUUUUAUGUCAAGGAUCCACUUUCGUAAUAAAUAGAAAUUGGACUACUGGUAUGUGAACACCGAGAUGAAAG